AUGGGUCAUCAGCAGCUCUACUGGGGCCAUCAGAUGAAAUUUGGCCAGGGUUCUCGUUCUUGCCUUAUCUGCUCAAACUGGCACAGUCUGAUCUGGAAAAAUGGCCUCAACAUGUGCUGCCAGUGUUUCCAUCAGUAUUCACAGGAUAUAGGCUUCAUUAAGUUGGAUUAA